AUUUGGCAAGGCAAAUCAUUAUGAGACGCCCCUUUCGAGAGUAAACGCCACCAUGAUAUCUCCAGAACAGGGACAAAUGCAACCUUCGCCGCCCUAUGGACCACCCAUCCUACACCCGUGUGGCGGUCGAGCGAACAAUGGCCCCUGGCCACCACAACACUGGGGACCCGGGUGUGGGCCGCUCCCACCGUCGUGGUAUCCAGGCCACCCAGCCUCUACAUCCAUAGCAUUCAACCACGACUUGCUACAGCGCUGUUUACCGGUGCUUGCACACCUCCUGGCAUUCUCAUCUAUGGACGUCUCCGCCACGAUCGCACAGCUUGCAUGGCAGAGCGAUCAGAUCUGUGACCGCGGCGCUCGGAGCGAUCUUUCGUUUCACGAUCUUCACAACGUCUAUCACAAGCUGUACGGUUUCAUCUCCCAGUGUGCUCCCAACGAGCCGCCAAGAUCGGUGGGUGACUUCCUACGCAGAAUGUUAUUCGACAACUACAGGAAGCCAAUGGCUGGAUCACACUUGUCGCUCUCCAGGCAGAACAUGUCGCUUCUGCGUCUGUGCACUGCUUUCUCCGCCAUAUCACAUCAAACGCACAGUGCCCUAGUCGGCAGCGUUCUAGAGCGAUUUUGGCUGCACCACGGCGCUGGCAUUGUGGCCGAGUGCAGCGUGAUAGAGGCCUGGCCCUGGGCUGAUGCUAUAUGUCGGGCGCGCAUGUCUCGAGCGAACAAAGACGCCUGUUUGCAACUCUUCAACGAGCAGCAUCCGCAUCUUAGCUCGAUCGUAGAGACCACAGGCUUCUGGAGAGAUCUUGAAUUAGGGGGAGCGCUCAGACGGGCUGCGAAUGGGGCCAGUACGAGGUAUCGUCCAAGGUCAUUGAGCUUAGGCAGCCAAGGAACUACCCAACGAUCACGGUCAUUGAGUAGGCCGGCGGACCACGACCACAGGUUGAGGAAGCUCCAUGACUCUGCAGCACAGAUAAUGUGGGAAAUCAGCGAUUUGAGAUGAGGAAGGCAACGAUCAAUGCGGGC